GGAGAAGAAACUCUGCUAAACCCUAAAAAUGUCAUCUUUCUUGUUCAGAAAACGAGCCAGCUUUAGAUGCUGGGUGAUUCUGUACCCAAACCCUAAAUCCAAACCUCAAUUUGGUGAUCUGAUUAAACCCCCAAAUUUUGAAAUUCCCAGGAUUUUGGAUCAUGGAUCUUCUUCAUUUUCACCCAAAACCUCAAGAACCCUAUCUGGGUCUCUCCAGAACCUCAAAAACUCAAUUGGUUCUGGUGAAAGUUUUGGGCUUCCUUCAACUUGUGGCUUGGUUCGAUUUUAUGGGACUCAGGCAGCUGAGGAGCCUUCAACCUCUGAUGGGCUCACAGUUGAUCGGAUACUACAUAGUGAGUGGUCGAUUCACACAGAGGAUGAGAGUGAUUGGAAGAGUCACGCUGCUGCAAUUGCCCAAUCCAUUCAUCUUAUUAAGAAACGUUUACAGUGGAAGAAGUUGAUGGUCAGGUUGGAUAUGUUAUCAGUGGAGCUGAAUAAGCCAAACCUUUGGGAUGAUCCUGUACAUGCUGGGAAGAUAAGCCGCGAACAUGGUUCACUGAUGGGUAAAAUGAAAGAAGUGAGGGCAUUUGAGCAGGAAUUACUUGAGCAUGUGGAUAUGAUAAAGCUUGCUCGGGAAGAGAAUGACGCGGAGUUGGAAUCGGAAUCCAUGAAGGCUUUGCUUGAGAUGAGAAGAACUUCAAAGGAGAAAGAGACCCAAGCUUUAUUAGCUGGGGAGCAGGAUCCUUGCUCAUGUUAUAUAGAGGUGCAAUCGGGAGCUGGGGGUACAGAGAGCAAUGACUGGGCAGCAAUGGUCAUGCAGAUGUAUAAAAUGUGGGCUCAACGCCGUGGAUAUAAAAUGACUGUGGUGGAGGAAAUGCCUGGUGAGAUUGCGGGAAUCAAGCGGGCAACUAUCAAAGUUGAUGGUGAAUAUGCUUUUGGAUAUGCCAAAGCAGAAGUAGGAGUGCACAGGUUGGUACGUAUCUCACCUUUUGACAGUAAUAAGCGCAGACAUACUUCAUUUGCUGCUGUUGCUGUGACUCCAAUCCUGGGAGAUGUAUCUGCUCAUGUGCAAAUUAAUGAAUCUGAUUUGCGCAUCGAGCGUUUUCGUUCUGGGGGAUCUGGAGGCCAGCAUGCUAAUACAACUGAUAGUGCUGUGAGGAUUGUUCACAUUCCCACUGGAAUAACUGCCACUUGUCAAAAUGAAAGAUCACAGCAUCAAAAUAAGGCUUCAGCAAUGGCUGUUAUCCAGGCAAGAGUAGACCAGCUUGAAAUGGCACGCCAGACUCAGAAGAAUGCACAAUAUUCACAAUCCCUUACCGAUAUAACCUGGGGAAGCCAGAUUCGCAGCUACGUGCUCCAGCCAUACCGCAUGGUGAAAGAUCUUAGAACCAACUAUGAAGUCUCUGAUCCUGAUUCUGUCCUUGAAGGAGAUCUAGACGGUUUUAUCUUGAGUUAUUUAUCAGCUUCCUUGGAUAAAGAUGAAGAUGACCGCUAAAUGAGUUUUAUUUUUGAAAUAAACUCUGCAUAUCUUUAGCAAACCCGAAUAUUUG